UAUAUCGAGUAGAGUACGAGUACGUAGCAGCUCUCUCUGCGCUACGCGUUCUCCUUUUCCAUUCCCUCUUCUUUCCCUCUCCGCGGUCUCUCUCUCUCUCUCUCUCUGUGCCCCCUUCACAUCGGAGUUGAGCUGCUGUGCUGAGAUCAAUGUAGUCGCAGCUCUGUUCAGCCCAUCCCGAUUCAUUCACUUCCUCCCGCCCUCCGGGGAAGAUACAGCUACUCAUCGGUUUUCCACUUUCGGCCGGCGAGAUAAGAAGAGAUCGAACGAAGACGCUAGGCCGGAGCAUCAUCAUCAUCAAAAACCAUGUGGGUGGAAAUCCUGUGUGGCCUUGUCAUCUAUCGGCUGUUUCGGCGCUUCUUCUUCCGUGACGACGACAUCAUGGACGUCGAGACCUCCGAUUCCAAUGCUCUGUUCGCCGUUGCCUCUAGACUUGAAAAGCUUCACGGCGGGAAGGCUUAUGUGGGUCUCCGUAUUCCAGACCCUGAUACAGGUUCCAGGCAGAACAUCGACUUGGUCCUCGUGACCAGUAGGGAGGCUGUGGUGAUCUCGGUGAAGAACUUGUCAGGAUUUGUGUCGGUUGAUGCAGAUGGCAGCUGGUCUUGUUUCAGUGAUCGUAAGCACAAAUCACAAAACCUGCCUAAUCCUAUAGUGGAGACUAGAAGGGAGGCUUCAGUUCUCGAAGCAUACCUUGAGCAAAGAGGGAUUGCUCUUCCUGAGGGAUACUUCUCUUGCAAAGUUAUACUACCUAAUCCAAAAUUCUGUGCCAUUGGUUCAAAUCAAUUUCCUUCCGAGGUCAUUACUUAUGAACAAUGGGCUCAUUUGAAGCCGGAAGCGAAGAAUGUGCUCUCAGAUUGGUUCAAGGGUACCUUUCGGGGUGGAAAGAAAGAUAUACAAGAAUCCAUACAUCAGCAACUUAAUUUUGUUUUGAGCACUGCGCCAAUGUGGGAUAGAUUGGAGCUUAAAGGAAAUAAAUAUGUUCUGGGAGAAUUUAUGGAAUUUAAAGGGAAGCAAGAGGAUAUCCAGGCUUUGAGGAAUGUGAGAAGAUCAAAAGUUGGUCGUUUAGUUAUUCAGAAGACAAGCAUGUUUGGACUUGCCCCAUCAAAUCUCCAGGUUUUGUACACUCAUCGUGAUUAUCGAUCGGAAGGGGUGUCAGCUUCAGAGUGGGUGGAGGUGACCGUUAGAUCAAGUACGGAGAUUCUCUUUCAGCCGCAGAACUCCAGCAAAGUCCGUAAAUUCAAGCUAUCUUCCCUUGUCUCAAUGUCACUUAGUGCAUAGAGAUCUCUCAUCUUGAAUUCAGGCUAUAUAUAGAAAGUAGCGUCUCUGUGUUGUAAUGCAUUGUUAAUAAUGGCCAUGAAGUGUGUAGGUUGUAUGGAGUGAGGAACUCAAUUAAGUAAUGACAGUAAGGAGUCAGCCAGCUGAACUCAAUGUGUAACCACCUAAAACUGAAAAGGGUGCAAUGCUAUUCAGAUAACAAUCUCAGUGGAUGUCUUAUCACAGGAAUCUUAUUAAUUUAA